CAGAAAAGCCAAAGCCAGAAGAUGCCAGCAGAUCAUGAGUGACCUUCCACCUGAGCGAAUAACACCAGCCAGUCAAUUCGAGUACACAACAAUGGACUUAUUUGGACCUUACGAAGUCAAAGAUGAGGUGAAAAAGAAGGUGAAGCUCAAAGUGUGGGGAAUUGUCUUCUGCUGCAUGGCAUCCAGAGCUAUACACACAGACCUCGUCAGUGACCAGUCAGCUGAAGGCUUCCUGUUGGCCUACCAACGAUUCACAGCACUGAGAGGGCAUCCGAGGAAACUGUGGUCGGAUCCUGGAAAAAACUUUGUUGGAGCCAGACCUGCCCUCAAAGAGCUUUACAUGUUUCUGGACCAACUGGAAAAAUCAAAGCUUGAAAAUGAAGCUUCCAAACACGGUACAGAAUGGAGCUGGAAAAUCCAUCCAGCAGACUCACCUCACAGGAAUGGAGCCGCUGAAGCUGCUGUCCGCACUGUGAAGCGUGCUUUGCACAAUCUGGGAGGUAAUGGAGUCUUCACAUGGGGUGAGUUUCAAACCUUCCUUUAUAUGGCUUCCAACCUCGCCAAUGAAAGACCUAUUGAUGCCAGGACUCAGAGCCGAGAGGACUGUGUAGAAUACAUCAGCCCAAAUUCACUUCUGCUUGGAAGAGCUGGACCCAGCGGAGAUCCAGGGAUCUUUGACUUUGAAGGCUACUCUUACAAGAGACUAAGAGCCAUCCAAACAGAGGUUGACCGGUUUUGGAGGAAAUGGAGCCAGUUAGCAGGACCAAACCUGUUUGUCAGGACCAAGUGGCACACAGCACACAGGAAUGUGGCUAUUGGAGAUGUUGUCUGGCUAGCUGACCAGAACACCCUGAGAGGUCAGUUCAGGCUUGGCAGAGUUGUUGAUGUCAACACUGACAAGAAAGGAAUUGUGAGGGAUGUGCAUGUCAGAACCUUCCCCAGCUACCCAGUCUCCACGGUGAAAGUCACGCAAAAGGUGAAAAAAAACAUCAUCAAAAAUACCUGCGACAAUUCUUCACAGGGAUGUCAGACGGAUAGUUGUCUUGCUUCCAGUUGAAGAGCAGCAACAAAAUUGAAGAUGGAACAACUGAAUCCAGUACAUUAUGGAACUGGUGUGACCUCCUUGGGUUGAAGGACCAGGAGGUCAAGUGGGAGGUGUUGUGUCAGACCCCAAUUCAUUUCAAGAGCACAUAUAAAGCACUCUACACUCCAAACCUGCAGAGGGCGACCACACAAGAGAUGGUGGUGGAACCCAAGCCCAACAGGAACUCUUAAAGGGGACCAUAUUUGCCUGCGCACCCACUGGGAAGGCAUGGCACAAAAUGUUUGGAUGCAGUCAACUAGUCUUAGCACUUGCUCCUGGGAAGAAGGAAUGACCACAGCUCCUGAUCAAUCUGAAAGACGCAACUGGUUAUCAACCUAUUCAUUCUAUUCGAUUCCUUGAUUUACUGAUGUCCACUGAAAGAAUCAAACAUCAAGAAAAUAAAAAGUGGAAGAAUAAGAAGAAUUGAGUUGUCCUUUGCACCCUUCUAUGGUUGAUCAAGCAGUUUUUCAAGUUUGGGCAGAGAUGUGGUC